AUGAGACCAUCUGGUUUCAGCUUGGUGUUUGCGCAAUUGUUUGUCGUUACUAUUCGUGAUGGCGGCAUAGUGCACGGGUUAUUAAAACCAAUUUCGGCCAACCGAAGAUGCUGUACGCUUUCAACAGCUCGACGGUCGUCCCGUAAAACCACAACGGUAGACAUUCCGGGAUGCAAUGAGCAAGUCGCGGACACAGUAGAUUCACAAGAAUGUCGGUCGACGGUUCGAAGACAGUCCAUCCUAGCAAUUGGCUCCGCGGUGGCGACAGUCAUGGGUUCCAGUGAGUGCCGGCCAGCGAGCGCGUACGACAUUGGUAGGCGAUUCCCUGCCGAGCUGGACGCCAGCGACAACGAUGGCACGUUUAUUGACGGUCGGCAACGAAAGCUGGAACAGUUGCAAGAGCAAGAUCUGCAACGUGAUUCUCCGCUCGUUUUGGGACCUCUGAGUAAAUUGUUGAGUUCCGGUUUGUGGGGUUCCGCCUUGUGGUUUCUUUUGGGAUCGCGAUCGAAUCCGCUCGUCACGCCCCUGGCCAACGUGCUCUAUCGCGAAGAUCAGCAGGAGUGGCUGAAAGAUCGCAACGAUGGACUCUUUGGUGAUAUUCCUUUGCCAUUUUUGUUGGUAUUGGCGGUCGUGUUUGUAGCCUUGGGUUUUGGGGCCGACGCCAUGAUCGUGGCCUUGUCGGAAGGCGAUCGCAACAUUAGUCUGCAGCUAGCGGGUGUGUCGUUAAUUAGUGGUGGGGCGCUAGAGUUGGGCCGCAUUGCGAGCGGCGAAAAGAAACCAACCCGCGAAGAAUCUGAUCGGGACGAGCUUCUGACGGAAGAGUUCGACAUUUUUGCCGAAAAACGGCUUCUACAAGGAGGGAAUUGUCACCGGACCGAUGUGGUCCGAUCCUUUCGAAGAUACUAUGCAAAAUAUCGUCAGCCCGACAAUCCUGAAUGCCCUUUAUCGGAUCUAGAAAUAGAGCAGUUGCUGCGAAACUGGGGCCGGCCUAGAGGUCUCGAAAUGAGUUCCGCUGGAUUUUUCUCUGGCAUCAGAAUCAACAAAGAUGCGGAUGUCUUUGUCAGUAGGAUAUAG